ACCAAUAAUUCGUUUUUGUCUCCAAGUUGAUUUUAUAAAUAUAAUCUCUCACACUUUUUGGCAAGGAAAAGUUAUUUUUACAAUAAAAUAAUUUAGAUAACCACCAAAGAUAUUUCCAUUCACUCCGACACUUAAUAUAUAUAUAUAUAUAUAUAUAUGCGUCUAAACAUUUAAAUGUUUAGUGGCAUAAUUAGGGUCUCAUUUUUAGUCUCCAUAUCAGUUAUUCUCUCAAAUAAAUUGGGAGAUAGUUCCCAGAACAGCAUUUACAUAUAUAUAUAUGUAUGUAUAUAGUGAAGUUGUGACACUGAAGUGUGAUAAGUUGUGAAGUUUACAGAAGGCAGAUAAGGAGAGGGCAAGAGAACUGAUGGCCACUGGAGAAGCAGUGAAGGCAGAAAAAUGUGGGUGCUGUGGGCUAUGGGAGGAAUGCACAAUGGGAUAUAUUGGCUGUGUGCAAGAGCGCUAUGGUGGUGUCUGGGUUUGCGGCCUCUGCGAGGAAGCUAUUAAGGAUGAACAAGCUCGGCUUGGCGUCGGAGUAGGCGUGGAAGUUGCUUUGAAAAUCCACGCCACCUUCAGAGAGACUGCAAAUGCCAAUCCCACACCUUAUGUUACAGAUUCCAUCAUGCAACUCAUCAAGAAGAUCAUAUCAUCUUCUUCAUCUUCAUCUCAGGCAUCACCAUCCAAUGUUUCUUUGCCGUAUAGCUCCUUUUCUUCAAACCUGACAGAGAAGUCUGUAGGUUCUACAUGUAAAGUGGCUAACUCAUGUUCAAGUUUCAUUGCUAAUUUUCUCAAAGUCUCAUCUGUUUUCAUUUAUCAGUAAUAUGCAUGGAUUUCAAUUGAAAAUUCAGAAUAUAUCAUAUACAUAGAUAAGGUCACCAAGGACCUCAAAACAUCACUAAAGGAUUCAAAAUAUUGAAAGAGCUACAAGAGAGUCGAAAACAGUAACUGAACACACCGAACAUCCAGAAUGUUACCGUCAAGCUGUCAUUACAAAGCAUGCUUUUUGACAUAAUAUAUGUAUCAAACAAGGCUUACAGAUAUUAAGCUGUACAUAAUUGUCUGUGCACUUGACACAUUAAUUUACAGAUUUACAAUCU